AUGUCAGCAGGACUUGAAGCAAUGGAAAAAUAUUAUAAAAUAGUUCGUCCUCAUGGUGAAUAUUCUGAUAUAACUAUAGCAGUGAUUACAUUUUUACAUUUAGUAUUUAUGAAUGCAGCCUCACUAGAAGAGAUCAUUCUUGUAAGUUCUUCCCAUAAUGACCGAGACCAAAGCCUUUUCAUAAGCACAGAUGAAGGAGCUACGUUCCAGAAACAACCCAUUACUUUCUUUGUGGAAACUCUCCUCUUCCACCCAAAAGAAGAAGACAAAGUACUUGCUUACACAAAGGAAGGCAAGGUUUAUGUAUCCAUUGACUUGGGGAAAAAAUGGGUCCUUCUUCAGGAACGUGUUUCAAAAGAUCAUAUUUUUUGGGCCGUUGCUGGAGUUGAUGGAGACCCUGAUUUAGUUCAUAUGGAAAUUCAGGACCCCAGUGGAGGUUAUCGCUACAUCACUUGCCAGAUUCAGAAUUGUUCUGAUAAGACAAUGACAGUCCAGUUUGCUGGUGGCACUGAUCGGGAUUCCCUGACUGUGCAGGAUGACUACAUAUUCCUUCAGACAACAUCAGCAAAUCGGACCAAAUAUUAUGUAUCUUACCGUCGAAAUGGCUUUGUGCAGAUGAAGCUGCCAAAAUAUGCCUUGCCAAAAGAUUUACAGAUAAUCAGUACGGAUGAAAACCAGGUAUUUGUGGCUGUUCAGGAAUGGUACCAGACAGACACAUACAAUCUGUACCAGUCCGACCCACAAGGCGUUUACUACUCCAUCCUGCUGGAGAACGUCCGGAGCACGAAACAGCCAGAAGAGAAUGUCCUGAUAGAUAUUCUGGAGGUCAGAGGUGUAAAAGGAGUCUUUCUGGCCAACCAGAAGAUUGAUGGGAAAGUUACAACCCUAAUAACCUACAACAAAGGCCGCGACUGGGAUUUUCUAAACCCUCCAGACAUUGAUAUGAAUGGAAAACCUACUAACUGCAAACCUCCUGAUUGCUACCUUCACCUCCAUCUCCGCUGGGCAGAUAAUCCAUAUGUGUCAGGAACAGUCCAUACGAAGGAUACUGCACCAGGGCUCAUCAUGGGGGCAGGUAACCUGGGGUCUCAGCUGGUUGAGUAUAAAGAAGAAAUGUACAUCACAGCUGACUGUGGGAAGACAUGGCGCCAGGUCUUUGAAGAAGAGCAUCACAUCUUGUACCUGGACCAUGGUGGAGUUAUUGUGGCCAUCAAAGAUACCUCUAUCCCACUGAAAAUACUCAAGUUCAGCAUAGAUGAAGGCCAGACUUGGAGUACACAUAAUUUUACAAGCACUUCAGUCUUCGUAGAUGGAUUACUUAGCGAACCUGGAGAUGAGACACUGGUCAUGACAGUCUUUGGACACAUCAGUUACCGCUCAGACUGGGAACUGGUGAAGGUGGACUUCAGGCCAUCCUUCCCCAGAGAGUGCACUGAUGAUGACUAUGAAUCUUGGGAACUCACAAAUCUACAGGGUGAUCGUUGCAUCAUGGGUCAACAGAGGAGCUUUCGGAAGAGGAAGAUUUCAUCGUGGUGCAUUAAAGGCAGAAGUUUCACUUCAGCUCUAACAUCCAAAGUCUGUGAAUGUGCGAACUCUGAUUUCUUAUGUGAUUAUGGGUUUGAGCGCUCUGCACCUCUGAAGUCACAGUCUAGCAAGUGCUUUGCUGACUUUUGGUUUAACCCAGAAGCACCUCCUGAAGACUGUGUGCUGGGGCAGGCAUACACCAGCAGCAGUGGGUACAGGAAGGUUGUUUCUAAUGUGUGUGAAGGUGGUGUAGACCUGCAGCAGAACUUAGCACAGCAUUUGUGUCCAUUGAUUGCUCCCAAGGGACUUCAGAUCAGCAUCAGAGGAGAAAGCUUGGCUGUUAAGCCUGGGGAGGACAUCACCUUCAUUGUCAGACAAGAGCAGGGUGAUAUAUUGAAUACCAAGUACCAGGUGGAUCUUGGAGAUGGCUUUAAGGCGAUAUAUGUGAAUCUUACAAUGACUGGGGAACCCAUCCGUCACCGUUAUGAGAAUCCUGGGAUUUACCGUGUCUCCGUGAAGGCUGAAAACGUUGCUGGACAUGAUGAGUCUGUAGUGUUCGUCCAAGUCAACUCUCCUCUUCAGGCUUUAAAUUUAGAAGUGGUUCCAGUCAUUGGAAGAAACCAGGAGGUGAAUCUGACAGCCAUCAUACUGCCCAAGAACCCGAACUUGACAGUCUUCUACUGGUGGAUAGGAAACAAUCUUCAGCCACUUCUUACAUUGGACAGUUUUCUGGUGACGAGGUUUGCUGUGACAGGUGAUGUCAGAGUGACAGUGCAAGCUUCCUGCGGGAACUCCAUGCUACAGGAUUCCAAAGUUGUCCACGUUUUUGAUCAUUUUCACGUUCUUCCUCUGAAGUUUACCAAGCACCUGGACACGUACAACCCCAACAUACCAGAGUGGAGGGAAGACAUAGGGCGCGUAGUAACACGACUUGUUGCAAAGGAAACCAACAUACCUGAAGAAACGCUUAUGACAGUUGUGAAACCUGGUCUGCCCACAACUGCUGACUUGCACGUUCUCCUACCAGCAAAUCAACCUAAAAGGAAGAGAAGUGUAACUAGUGAUAAGAGAAUAGCGGCUAUAAAGCAGGCCUUGAAUGCACACAACAUCAGUUUCUUUCUGCGGGGAGGAUACUGGGUCUUAGUGACAUUAGCAGACUCUGAUUCAGACUCUCAAAGAAUUGGAGGAGGCAGUGGCUACUGGGCUAUUGUGAUUCUCUUCGUUAUCUGUCUAGUCGCAGUUGGGGCUUUCAUCCUCUACAAGUUCAAAAGGAAAUUACCAGGCAGGAAUGUCUAUGCCCAGAUGCACAACGAAAAAGAGCAAGAGAUGACAAGCCCUGUUAAUCAUAGUGAGGACACCCAGAACAUCAUCCAGGGUGAGGAGUUUAUUGAUGAUGAUCUGGACUCUCAAACGCUAGGUAACGCAAGAGUGACUCCUUCUGGGAGAAGUGGCAACUUGAACAGCUACAGAGUUCCCCUAUUGCUGAUGCCGGUCAGUGUCCAGUCCCAGGCAAUCACUCAGGCGUGGUUUUGAGCAUCAACUCCAGAGAGAUGCACAGUUACCUGGUUAGCUGAUAUUUACAGCUGAACGCAAAAACCGAAAGACUCUUCUCUGUAUCGUUUUAUUUUUCCCUGGUGAUGUCACAAAAUUACAAACAUGGCUAUAAAUGCUGGUGGAGAGAAGGUUCCCUAACAGUCCCGUGGAAAAAAAACGUCCAUCGUCAGUUACUGGUGGAGGAGGAUGCACAUCUUGUGUUCACUAAUGGCCUGAGAAUUUGUUAUUCAAACUCAAACUACAGUAGCAAAUGUGUAGCCCUGAGCACAUUCAAUGCCACCUUCUUUCUUUCCUGUAUAAGCUCUAGUUCGCUGUGUUUAUUUUUAGGAGAAUUGACUGUAACUUUUUAAUUGUAAUUUUAAUUGAGGUAUUCAGCAGAAGGAUGGGACUCUUCAGCUUGAAAAGGUGAUUUCUAAACCAUGACUGGACCAGAACAGGUGCUGGUUGGUCUCCAUGACAUGGUUUCAGAGGGCUGUAACAGCAGUGGUUCUAUACUGGGAGAGGACUGAGCAAGGAGCUGGAUGUGCUCCUAGUCAGUACAAGCUCUUAACUUAAAUACAUGUGAGACAAUCUAAGGAAUUUAGGCCUAGGCCCUUCUGUGGAUUAAACGAAGUAAAGUGCUAAAUAGGUUAUCUGAUAAUUGUAGGAUAACACUCCUUUAAGUGUAUCCAGUCCUGACAAACCCUCAGCACCAGUACCUCCCCCAAUCCCACCCAUGUAUGAGAUAAACACACCAGCGUGAAGCUUUUCCCAGACCAGGUGCCUUCACUUAGGACGGUCAUUUCAGUUGCUCUCCUCUUGUCUUCUGAGUGAGCACCUCCAGGAUAAUGACAGCUGCCAGAGCAGUUAUCAUGUAACAACCCAUGCUGAUGGCCUGUCUCUUUUUAAAUUUCCUUAGAGUGUAAAUAUGUCUUCAUGGUCACUUUCUUUGUAGGAUUAUUUUAUUAAGACUUGCUGUUAGGGCAGAGAUGCUGGGAAGGUGAGAGCCCUCCUCCAGUUCGGACAGCACAGUUCCUUUCCUACUCACAUCUUGCCUUGGGAUUUCAACUUUGGAGGCAGGGAUGGGCAAACUCAUACCCAAACUUCUCCAUUUGUGUUGGUCUGACAAGCCAGAGGGCAUGAGGAGGGCCUGUAUCAGUGGUAUCAGGUCCGUGCUUCCUUUCUCUCACCACAGGGUGUCACUCGGGCCCCACCACAGCAGUGGUCCCAACUUGUGCAGGUUGGGCAGGGGGUUUAGUAGGGCGCUUCUCUUGGAAACCUACAUAAUCUCUUCACUUUUUGCCUUCAGAGAGGAUAAAUAGCUCUUUACUCACUGAAUGUCAUGCCAAUGCUAGUGAUAAGCUCCCACACCACCUUGUGUGCGGGGGAUUCAGGUAGCUAACUGCAUCUGCCUGAGAAAACAAGCAGUAAAUAGUGAAUGCUGGCAAGACACAAAAGAACUGUCUUAAAAUUACCCCAUGCAUUGGAGUCAUUCUUCUGCAUAGCUGUGGAUAUCCUAAAGCAUAUGGUUGUCAAAUGCAGCAGAGUGGGAUGUCAUAAUUCAGUGCAGUAGUGUGGGCUCUCAGAAACCCCACAGGAUGUAUGUGUAAAGCACAAGAAAAUCUUGUUUAGAAACUUCAUGUGAUGACCUGGAUGAAAAAGUUAAAGAUGCUGAAAAAUACUGCAGACUCCUCAGGAAAACAAAUUCAAACUUCUUUCCAAACUUUCUGCCUACAUAGUGGUGGGGUGCCAUGCAAACUGACCCAAAGAGAAGCAAUGCUCUAGCUAAAUGUUGUGUUCAACAAGUGUGUGCAUAAAUUCAAGAUGUUAUGUGGAAUUGAGUCUGCGUUUCGCAAAGAGAAGUGUGAUAUAGAAUGUGCUGUGCAUUGGAAACCUGGUUGCACCAGAGGCUUCCCCUUCUCUCUAGCUUUUUAUGUGUUCUCUGGUGGAAAUGAGCUGGAACAGACAGUAAAAUAGCAUUGCAAACAGCUUGCUUGUUCCUGUGAAACGAAUCUGAAGUGGGCAUGGAGCAAGUGAGUAGGGGGCUAGUCUCCUGGUCAAGGAAUGGGAUGGAGAUCCAAGCACUGGAAUUGCUCUCCCACUGCUUGUCUGAUUAGUUAAAGAUGAUGCUGGAACUGAGUCACACAUCUGAUCUGUUCUUUAGCAGCUACUUUCAUACAUUUAAAACAGGGUGAUUUGUGUCUCUGAUAACAGCAGUCUUUUGGAAAAGAGUAGAAUAUUUAACCGCGCGGUACUCUAAUUAACACUUAGCACAAUAUAGUGCCUGUAAUAAUGUUUUUCAAUGCUAAUUAAUUUGAUUCAUGCAGCGUUCCUGCGAGGUUGGUUUGUCAUGUCUUAAAAGCACUGUUUUCUAAAGAGUUGUCAGUAUUGUUAUAACUGUAUUAGCAAUAUCCAACAGAUAAUAAAGUAAGCCUUUAGUUCUCCGGCAAGAAUAACUUUAAAAAUGACUUAUUUUGAAACUGAGAAAAUGCUAUUCCUAUUUUCCCAUUUGCGGUUUAUCUUCAAAUGAAAAUCAAUGUGAGGUUUUGAAUCUCUUGAACUA